AUGAGAUCCAUGACCACUUCUGAUGACGAAGUCAAGAAGGAAAAAGCAAGAGCGGAAUGGGCCAAGUUUGAAGAUGUGACACAAUUGCUGCAAUUCAUGGAGAAAUUCGAUACCCUCUAUGACCAACUGAAGAACAGCGGGAGCAUGUUUGCAAUGGGGGCCUCAUCUACAGGUGAUACAUUGCCACCGAGGCAUAAUGUUACCAUGACUGAAGAAAUAUGGAAUAGUCUCAGCCUGCACGAUCAAUACAAUUUGUUGGCAAACAUGUCACAACAAACAGAACCCCAUUUCGAUUCGUUGAUUCGAACAAUCCAAGAAGGAUUUGGCGUUCAAGUAAACAAAGGGCCCAUGACGAUGAUGCAAGGCCAAGUAACGGAACGGUCGACAAACGACGACUUUCAGAAUGAUAUUCGCCGUGUCAUUGACCUGUUUCGUUGUGGCACGAGUAUUGUGGUAGAGGAUUUGGCACAAAUCAGAAACAUGUUGGAUUGGUUGCGUCACGGUGACUUGGCAAAAGACUGGCAAGUCAAUCAUGUCCAAAAUGGCUUUGAAAAGUCAGAAGCGUAUCUCACCUAUGGAUACCGGGACAUCAAGGUAACUGCGAGAUGCCUCAGGACUGGUUACAUGAUUCAAAUCGAGUUUCAUCUAAAGUCAUACCACGAAUUGAUGCAAGAUCAAGGGCUGAAGCACUAUCAAUUCGCUCAGCAAUAUCCGUUUCAACCCAUUACCGACGCUUCGCAAAUCAUGGAUAUGAACCUCCUCCCAGAAAUUGUGGACGUUGGAGUGGAAGCCUUGAACACUACUGCUGCCAUGGACCAAAAAGAGAAAACGGCGGAAAUCUUGCUGCGAUUGGGCAACCUCAAGUUAAGACAAGCCCAAAUGCUGAGCGACGAUGACCAGUCUCUGCAAAAGGCAGCUCUGGCAUCCAAAGCAGUUUACUACUUUGAUCAAGCCAUUCGCAUCCUAACCCAAACGAUGGAUGGGAUUAUGAAGGAUGACACCACUUUUUCCUCAAGAGUCAUCGCUUCCAUCUAUUGUCGAUUGCUGAUUGGCUUGUCCCAAGCUCUCUGCAGCUAUGACUGGUCCAUCUAUUAUGCACAACGAUACCACGACGAUGUUGAGAAACGGGUAGAGCUUCCAAAUAUCUUGUUUCCCGAAAUGAACUUUGAAUCCAUUCACUAUGGAAUUCAAAUGGGUUUGGCAAUGGCAAUUUCCCAGUUUGAUGAAAGGCAUCCCAUCACGUUGUAUGCCAAGUACGUCAAGGCGGAUGUCAUGGUUGGAAAAGAAGGCCGUGACUAUGUUGCCGAACUCGUCCAAGAACAACAGCGUGUCUUGGGAUACAAUCACCCAAUGGUGUUUGAAACGCUAAUCUCGAGAUUCAUCAAGGUCAAGGAAGUCUGGGCCACCAUGGACGCCCUGAAUGAGAUUGUUCCAGUAUUCGAAGUGAAUCUGAACCGAUUGGGAAUCCACCAUCCCUGCGUAAUGCGGCUGCUGUUGUAUUUGUGUGUCUUCUUUCAAACCGAAAAGAACUCUUUCCUUAUCGAUGCUCCUGGCAGCGAAGUCAAGGAACUAGUGAGAGUUUUGAGUCUUGAUAAAUGGGGUGGCGAGGAGGAGGUAUCCGUUGUGAGUCUUGUCAAGUAUGCCUUGAUCAAGACGGUCCACUCCCCCGAUGCUAGCAAACUGCAGGUCGGCGCACGAGUCGCAGUCUGGUCGUGGGAAUAUCAAAACUAUUGGAGUGGCAUGAUUACCGAGACGAAAGGUGACGUUUGCCAUGUCCAAUACGACCUACCGGAGAAUUUUGAAUGGAUCAGUCCAUUGCGAAGGCAUACACUGUUAUUGUCGCAUGGAACUCAUGAGCCUACUAGUGUUAUUCCCCAAGAAUCAUUCAACAGCAACAACAACAACAACAACAACAACAUUUUGGACCGGGGAGGAGUGCAAGUUGGUAAUCGCCUGCUGCUAUGGUAUGGCUUUUCGGACAAUUCCUUUUACUCUGCGACUAUAGAUAGCAGGGAUAAAACGGAAAUCGAGGUGACCUAUGAUACCAACGAACAUCAAGUUUUGGCAUUGGAUGACGACCUACCAGACUAUUUGGUAACGACACGAAACGACCAAGGCAAGGUAGAAUCAGUCAAGGAGGGAGAUCGCAUAUAUGUCUAUUGGGAUGUACACAAGUCGUAUUGGCUUGGCAAGGUACUAACGGUUGCUGAAGACGACGACAAAGAAGACAACAUGAUGGAACUGCAUCCUACCAAGUUUUGGAUCCAAUUCUAUUCCGGAGACUUACACGCGUGCGAUUUGAGCAAGAUGAAUUUCUACCCGGAAGAUCACGCUUUAUUUUGA